AAACGUCGAAAUCGAGCAGCAUUGAACUGUGUUCCUUGUCGUAACCGCAAGACAAAAUGUGACAGACAAAUGCCAUGCUUUGGUUGCAGAGAACGUAAUAUUGUUCAUUUGUGCAACUUUGCGAAGCAACGGCAACGCGUCAACUACGCUGGUGCUGUAGCGUCCUCUGACAGGCCGCAAGCAGCAGUUUCGAGCAUGGAGGGUUCCUCGGAACUGGCUUACUCCACGUUACUCCGGGACAACGACGUCCCGUGGAGAAAUUCACAACAUGACUCUCCUUACAAUUCCGUUGGCACAUUAUAUCAGCAUCAAAAUGGGGGCGUUAUAUACAAAGUCCGGCAAUCCCAAUGGUCAUCUGCCUUACCGAGUUUGUCGGAAGCACUCAGCACAACGACACUACCGGUCGCGUCGAACGCGGAAUCUUACCCCCAGCUCGCCUCUUUACCCGCCAAACAGCAUUGCAGAUACUUGGUGUCGCGCUUCUUUGCUGUCUUUUCUCCACUGAUUCAUGUGCUGCAUGAUCCCACCUUCCACCUCGAGUACGAGAACUUCUUGAAAGAUCCUAAAUCCGCCCCGCUCUCAUGGCUAGCUCUACUAUUCACUAUACUGUCACUCGCGAUUAUGACACUAGAUGAUGAUGACUGGGUCUUGGAUGACCUGGGUAGAGAGGCUGAUGGCCCGGGCAACGUGAAAGCCAUUUCCGCUCAGUACAGGAAGGCUGCGAUGAGCUGCCUCGAGGCAGAUGACUAUAUGGUCUCCCACAGGCUUUCUACCCUACAGUGUCUGGUUUUGAUGAUUUAUGCCAUCAACCACUCUCAAGGUAGUGGUUCAAGUUGGGCUCUGUUAGGACUCACUGUGCAUAUUGCUAUAUCCUUAGGCUGCCAUAUUGAUGGAGGAAACCUUGGUAUCAAUUACAUAGAAGCUGAGCAGCGAAGACGGUGCUGGGCUGGCCUGAAGGUACUCUAUAUGACACAGGCUUUGUCGUUUGGCAAUGUCGGUCUAUUCGCAUUGCCAAGGUUUCGUGUGAGUCUGCCAAUGGAUGUCAAUGAUGAGGAUAUACACCCAGAUUCACUACCUACUCAGGUAGAUGGGCCAACCCAAAUGACCUACAUGCUGCUCAAAGUUAAUCUCUACAGUCUCGUGGAUCGGAUAUCCGACCAAAUCCUUGGCGUGGAGCCCCCUUCACAUGCAAGCAUCGCUGAACUUGACGCGGCCAUAGAGAAUGAGCAAGCCAGAUGGGAUGCUAUAUAUCGUAGCCACCUUCAAAGCAACAAAAUUCAAGGGUUUCAGCGAGUCCAUUGGAACAUUCUGCACAGCCAUGCACAUCAAAUCUACCUGCUGAUCCAUCGACCUCUGUUUGGCGAGCCAGCGAAAAGUGGCUUUUUACAGCAGUCUAGAGCCAGAUGUAUAACUUCUGCUACUGCUUUACUGGAUAUUCAUGCGCUUUUGUCUGAUGAACAGCGCUUUCGGGAAUUUCGGUGGUAUGGAUUCGGAUUGGGGAGUUUCCAUGCGUUCCACGGGGCAGUGACGUUGGCGGCUGCUAUCCUUCAGAACAGAGAUGGUGAAUCAAGGCACCAAAUGCAAUCAAUUCUAAACGGAACAAUUGCCAGAUUCCAGUCUCUUUCGGGAAGGAGUCCAAUCUGCGCCAAAGCACACGCAAUUCUCAAAUAUCUUCAGUAA